AUGCUAGAGGUCGUUGACCUAUCCCACACUCGGUAUGAGGACUGGGUAGAAUUUGAGGCCCUAUCUCAAGGCUUGAAGGCUCUCGGAAUCACCGCAGAAACGGUUCAGGCUAUCGAACAGCUGUCCCAACUGCGCCUUGUGAUGAUGUGGUGCCUGGGCAUAAGGAAUCUACCCGACUUGCCCCAGCCUCACCAGCUGUUGCUAUCGAAUUUCCUCAGCAGCGACAACAUGUCAUCAAGCCUUCAGCAACUGAGAAUUGAAUAUUGUGAGACCCUGGAGGAGUUGAUAAUGGAAAAGGGGAGUGAGACUGCAGGGCAUGGUGGUGACAUUGUCCGUCGGAACUGGUGUCUUCCGAAGCUAGAGAUUUUGAAGCUAAUGGAACUCAAAGAAUUAAAAAAUAUCAGUUGGAGUGGGUUGCAUCCUUCGGCUUAUUUUCCAACACUCUCUUUCCUCGGGGUAUCUUACUGCAACAAGCUGAAGAAUGUUACAUGGGUUCUCAAGCUCGAGUACCUAGAGCAUCUUGAACUGCACGCUUGCAGGCAGAUGGAGCGAGUGAUCGAUGAUGCAGAUGAGGCAGAUGCUGCCACCGAUCUGGCCUUUCCCAACCUCAAGAGGAUCCGCUUAAGCGAACUUCCAAAUUUGACCGUCAUCUGUCGCAGUGAGUCCACCUUCCCUUCGUUGGAACUUCUUGAUGUGAGAAACUGUCCAGCUCUCAGGGGCCUACCUUUCAACUCGGAGACGCCCACAAACAAAUUAAGAAUAUGGGGUGACCCGGACUGGUGGGGUAGGUUAGAAUGGCAGGACGGCGAUCUUGAAUCCUCCCUCCAACCCUGUUUCGUGAGAAUUUAG